AUGCAUUAUGGGAGGAAGCGCCUCUUAAACUCAGUUCCUGGAAUUGGUGACGAGGAGGAGCCGAGAGCUAAAGCUGCUGUCCGUGACUUCACACCUGUCUGUUGUCAUGGAGACCUGAGCCGGGACCCGCCCCCACUGUUUGAGGACGUCCGACAGAAGCAGAAGUUUGAUCUGUUUGGCUCAAAGACUCCAGCAAGGAUUGGGCUCCUCUGCACCUCCUCAGCUCCUCCUCAGCUCCUCUGCACCUCCUCCUGGCACCUCAGCAUCCCUCACAUCUCUGCUGAUCUCUUGAAGCAGCUGAGUCACCAUCCAUCCUCACACCUCUGCUCCCUGCUCUCUCUGAUCCCUCUGCUCUCUCUGAUCCCUCUGGUCUCUCGGGUCCCCAGUCCCGGUCUUCACCCGGACAUCAUGUGUGACUGCUUCCACAUCGCCUUCCCCAACUGGCAUGCGGCGGAGUCUUCGGGACACGGUGGGAAACCUCUCCUCUUUCUCUCUGUGUUUAUAAUGUGA